CUGAGUUUCACCUGAGAACGAAAUAAGCUCAAGUGCUGAAACACUCUUCGAGGAACUACUUUUACUUUGGACUCUCUCUUCUUUUGAAGGGUCAUAAUGGAGCCUGUAUGCACAAGUAUGGGGCUAAAGGUGGCUGUGCUGUUGGUGCUAACAAUUCUGCUGAAGACAGAUGUAAUGGAGGCGCUGGACAUAACAUCCUCAGGGCCACAAACCAUUCAAAAGGCCCAAGGGGUGACAGUCAACCUGGGGUGCACUUUCACCCCCAGCCCCCAAGACACAGGCGAUUUGGACAUUGAGUGGUCCGACCUCAGCCCUGACAUGACGCAGAAGGACCAACUGAUAAUGUCCUAUACCGGGGGUCAGACUCACUACUACGGCGACCCCGGCCGCUCCAAAAGGCUCCGCUUCACAGGGGACCCCAAAGUGGGGGACGCCUCCGUCUCCAUCGCCAAUGUGAAGCUCUCAGACACAGCCACCUACCAAUGCAAAGUGAAGAAGGCACCAGGUGUCGACACGCGGAAAGUCACUCUGGUGGUAAUGGUUCCCCCCUCAGUGCCAAAGUGCUGGGUUGAUGGUGGCGAAGAGAAAGGGGGGCCCGUCUCCCUCCGCUGUGAAUCAUCUGUAGGAACCAAUCCUCUCAGUUAUACUUGGAGAAGAGAGAGCGGGGGUGCAAUGCCGGCCACUGCAACCCAAAACGAACAGUCUGGGGAGCUGUUGAUAAGUAACCACACAGACAACAACGUUGGAAGUUAUGUGUGUGAGGUGAAAAACGCUGUGGGCAAAGAACAGUGUAAAUAUGAGCUGCAUGCAUACAACCCAACCAAUAAGGUGGGUGUGAUAGUCGGGGCGGUGAUCGGGGCUCUGCUGCUGCUGCUGCUCCUGCUGCUUCUCAUCUGGCUCCUGAUCUGCUGCUGCCACAAGCGUCGCUAUGAGAAGGAGGUCGCCAAUGAAAUAAGGGAGGACGUCCAGGCCCCAGACAGCCGACCCACCAGCAGGAACUCCAGCUUGCGCUCAGUGCUGGGGUACCGCACUCACCCUGGGGUGGUCUACAGCUCCGUGAGGAACCCCCUGCCCAAUUUCAGGGAAUCCGGCCGCAGUGCAAUCUACACAAAAGGGAAUGAUGGGAAGUCACCAACUGCCACUACAGGCGACAAACCUGCUCAGCUCCAGUACGACCAUCGAUACGGGUACCCUGUGUAGCUGCACAGACUUCCUGUCUUUGGUAUAAAGCUGAAGAAGAGACUUUUAAAGAUUCUUUACGUGAAGAAUGUAAAGAAUGUACAGUAUGUUUGUGACAAAUGGUGCAAAACACUAUAUUUAACUGGAGAACAAUGGGAGUGCUGGUAUAUAUCUACUGGGGACUCAUACAAUCUUACCACAGCCUUAGGACAAAUAUAAAUCUGCAGCUGGGUUGACUUUCAUGCUAAUCUGAUUCUAUACACAAUUUCACUAAUGGUAAAGCAACUCAACCGAAACACAACCACAAUGGAAGUGAGUGAUAACGGAUGUCGACAAAGACAACUGACAGUCCGAUCGUCCGUUGUGGGAUCUCCAAACACCUGUGCCCUAACACCUUAAAAAGACAAGCAUGUCAUUUUAAUCGGUGACUUGACUUCAAUGGGUUUUUACAAGUGGCAGCUCACUUGACCACAGUGAGUAACUCUACGUGUUUUGUUGUCUACAUGUGUAGCUUUUGUAGUUCUGUUAUGGCUUUUAGAUUUGUGUUGUGGCUUUUACCUUUGUGUUUUGCGUCAGUGCACUUGUGUGAGAUGUCUCGGCCACUGCCUUUGUAAGUAAGAAUAGUUUCUCAUAAUCAAAGUCAUUGUUACACUGAUUAUCAAUUAAGCUAAAACCUUUUGUGAAUGUACAUACUAAGAAACUUGUAUUAUUAUUAUUUUUUCAUGCAUAUGCAGCUCAAUUUGUUGAGUACUUUUUUAAAUAAGACAAAUAAGAACAAAACACAGUAGAACAAUAUUUGAAAGAUGCAGGAUGUGAAAACUGUGAAAACUUAACUUAAUCCAAUAUGAUCAAAUAUCCAAAUACCACUUAAUUAGAGAGUCAAUCAGUGUUUUUAAGAGUUCGGAGAAUUCAUUAAAACUAAAAUCUGUGUUUCCAUAUCACCCAGUGAGGAAACUGGAUACUUUCGGAGAUGUUACUGAUCAUAAUAAAUUACUGAACUACUCACGAGUCAGAAUCCUGGCAGUCUUUGAAGUCAAUUUUUCAUAUAAUUUUCUUUGUGUGAAUUUUCCCUCUGGAAGUUUUCUAUAGAACAAAUUGCUGUAAACUUGCUUGUGUUUGCAUUGUGUGUUUGCAGCCAGUAAACUAGUCAUUAGACUAACAGCUGGUAGUUCAGUCACUAACCAUCAGCACGAUGCCUGCAGCCUCGCCUUGCUUCAAAACAGCCUGUGUUGGCCUGAGUCCAUCUUCAAACUGUGUGUUGAAUUAAUAAGAGGUGCUAGAAGGGGUUAAUGUUGGUGGGACCCCAGUGAUACAUUUCUGCCCAGGGCCUGUAUUAAGGGCAGGGGCAGGUUGAGGGUGGGCAUUUAUUUGGGAACAGUGUUAAUAUUUCAUAGGAUUACAAAUAAUAAUAAUAAGAAUCAUUAAGGCUUUAAAUAUUUCACUUGCCAGCCUUGCAAGUUUUAAAGUAGUUUUACACUAAAGCUACACACACACAGCACUCACAAACACUGUAUCUGCCUCUACUGUGUUUGUCUUGUCAGUCACUUUUUGUGUGCACAUGUCAACAUCUAUAUCCUUCUGUUUGUUCAAUUCAAUCCCAAGCUGUUAUUUUCCACUGUGUUUUUAUUCUUCAUUGGAUAUGGAAAAUAUUUUCUAUUUUUAUUUUUCAUGUUUCAUGAGUCCAGUCUGGCAUGUGUUUAACUGUUGAAUGUAAAAUAAAAGUGUUUGUAAUACCAGUGCAAUAAAG